AUGUAUGUAGGUGGAAUUUAUGCAAGCCACAUUCAGAUCUUGCAGGACUUACCAAUCAGAACUCAUGUUACUGGUCUCUUACCAAUCAGAACUCAUGUUACAGGUCUCUUACCAAUCAGAACUCAUGUUACUGGUCUCUUACCAAUCAGAACUCAUGCUACAGGUCUCUUACCAAUCAGAACUCAUGUUACAGGUCACUUACCAAUCAGAACUCAUGUUACAGGUAUCUUACCAAUCAGAACUCAUGUUACAGGUCUCUUACCAAUCAAAACUCAUGUUACAGGUCUCUUACCAAUCAAAACUCAUGUUAUAGGUCUCUUACUAAUCAGAACUCAUAUUAAAGGUCUCUUACCAAUCAGAACUCAUAUUAAAGGUCUCUUACCAAUCAGAACUUUUGUUACAGGUCACUUACCGAUCAGAACUCAUGUUACAGGUCACUUACCGAUCAGAACUCAUGUUACAGGUCUCUUACCAAUCAGAACUCAUAUUAAAGGUCUCUUACCAAUCAGAACUUUUGUUACAGGUCACUUACCGAUCAGAACUCAUGUUACAUGUCUCUUACCAAUCAGAACUCAUGUUACAGGUCUCGUACCAAUCAGAACUCAUAUAAGAACUCUCUUACCAAUCAGAACUCGUAUUAAAGGUCUCUUACCAAUCAUAACUUUCUUACAGGUCACUUACCGAUCAGAACUCAUGUUAUAG